GGCCAACUGAGUUCCUGCAGGCUCCCUGAUUUCCACCCAGGAGUUCAAUCGCUUGUUGGUGUCACUGAGCUAAGAUGAUUUUCCCUGGUUCCCAGUGGAUUCUGUGUGUCUGUCUUCUGUCCUGGUGUUGUGAUGCCGGGGUGUUGAGGGAAGUGGACCCAGCGUCAGAAUCAGAGCCAGCACCAGCGGUGACCUGGUAUGAGAAAGGAUUCUACAUAAGCAGAAUAAGCACUAACAAGAUUAUUGGAAAGGAAAUACCUGGAGUUUAUGUCCUGCCUCUAGUGACUGGGAAUAACGUAACAGAGGAUAUGGAGAAUAACAUCUUUAAUGGCCGUUCCCAAGUAUGUGAGAUUCUUGCUAAGUAUUUUGCUAAAUUGCAGCAAGGCUACAUUGUUGUUACAGUCUCCGAUAGACUGGAGAGCUUGAAGGAACUGGCUGAGGGAUGCCCCAUACCUUCCAUGAAAGAUAUGAUCUUAGUUUCUGACAGAAAAUUAAUAAGGAUUCCCCGAGCUCUGCCUGACAAAUCCCUGUGGAUCUGCAUCUGUAUCCCUCGUACAUGGAUGAAAGCUAGGUACCGAUCUAUGAUUAUAGCAGACUGGUAAAACCACUUUCCAGCUAUCUUAGCUCCAGCAUUUGGUCCCAAGACAAACCAACAAUGAGUCCAAAACAUCAUGAAUACAGCCUGCACCCCAUGUUGAACUCUUGAGAUACAACCUAACUGCAACAGCCAACCCUGUCUGCAAAGAAGAACCACUAACUUGCCUAAAAAGACAACACCCCCUUCCUUUCUACUCCUCCUAGAUUGGUAAAAGGUUCCUAGUCUGUAAGAGAGGCAUGCUUGCUUAAUGUGAGCUCUUCUCAGUUUCUCUGAAAUAAACCUGCCUGCAUUUGA